CCGUGAUCCAGGUGCGGGCCGCCGCCGCUCAUCCCUCCGGCAUCCCUGCGGCCCCGCGCAGCUCUCGGCGCCAUGGACCCGGCGCUGGCCGCGCAGAUAAGCGAGGCGGUGGCCGAGAAGGUGCUCCAGUACCGGCGAGACAAGUCAGGCUGGAAGAUCUGCCGGGAAGGCAACGGAGUUUCAGUUUCCUGGAGGCCAUCUGUGGAGUUUCCAGGGAAUCUGUACCGAGGAGAAGGCAUUGUGAAGGGGACACCAGAGAAGGUGUGGGACUGCAUAAAGCCAGUUGCUGGGAGCCUAAGAGAGCAGUGGGAUGAAAAUGUGUCCCGUUUUGAAAUUAUCCAAAGCAUCACUGAUACACUGUGCAUAACCAGAACUGCCACUCCCUCAGCCGCCAUGAAGCUCAUUUCUCCCAGAGACUUUGUGGAUGUGGCGCUGGUCAAGAAGUAUGAGGAUGGGACUAUCAGUUCCAACGCUACCAACGUGGAGCAUCCCUUGUGUCCCCCGAAGCCAGGCUACGUGAGAGGAUUUAACCAUCCUUGUGGCUGCUUCUGUGAACCUGUGCCAGGGGAGCCCAACAAGACCAACCUGGUCACCUUCUUCCAGACUGACCUCAGCGGUUACCUCCCGCAGAGCGUGGUGGACUCCUUCUUCCCCCGCAGUAUGGCCGGGUUUUACAGCAACCUUCAGAAGGCGGUGAGGAAGUUCUGAGACUGAUGUUCUUAUUUGUCGGCCAAGAACUGCCACGACUC